AUGACAUUACUUUCAAAUUUUCAGCCAAAAGUACUACUGCCAUCAGAGAAGUCAAAAGAAUUACGGGAUAAUAAGGCCAAAUCAGGCGAAUCUGUAAGUGUUAAAAAACUACUUGUAGCUGAAGAGACUCCUUCGCCGAAAGAAGUUAUUCCGAUUGAUUCGUACUGUUACUGCGGACAAGAUGUGGCGAUUUCUCCGGAUGCAGCAGGAGAACUGAACGAAAAUUGCAAAGUGGAAUUGCUGCCAACAAUAGUGAAACCAGUUUCAUUUGAUCCUUAUUCACCGGAAGAUCUUACUCAAGUAGAAGGUGCAAGCGAUGAAAUGAGUAAAAAUUCGAUGAAAAUGAGCCUGAAACCAAGGAAUCAUCACAUUAUCAUACCUUUCUUGCCUAUUCUACAUGCCAUUACCUAUGCAUCCAAGCACGGUCAACUUCUUCAAGAACUUUUGCAAAAUUAUGAAUAUUUUGAAUCACAGUUCACUUAA